AUGAAUUUUUGGAUGGGGAAGGUACAGAGUAAGAAUGUUCCAGCCUAUGAUGGAGCAAUUUUUCUGUGCAACCACCUGACCAGGAAGGAGUGCUUCCACAGAAAGCUUUUUGGCCUUUCGUCUAAAUGUAUUGAGUUUAUACAUAAAGUGAAAUCUGGCGCGACACUAUUCCUGUAUGAUGUUGAGCAACGUAAGCUUCAUGGGGUGUUUGAAGCAACUUCAGAUGGAGCCAUGAAUAUCAUUCCUGGUGCAUAUGCCUCAUCAGGGUUUCAGUAUCCUUGUCAGAUACGCUUUAAGAGGAUUUGGUUUUGCAAGCCUUUGAUGGAAAGUGAAUUUGAAGAUGCUGUACAGGAUAAUUAUUACUUCGCAAGAAACAAGUUUAAUUAUGGUUUGACACAUCAACAAGUUGUAAAGCUUCUUCACUUGUUUUCUUCAAGGAACAGAUUACAGCCUCGUCAAAAUCCAAGGUUACAGUAUGAACCUCCAAGGGAGUCUGAUAUUUCUUCUGUGGUUAACCAAACUGAUAACCAGUCUGGUUCAAAUAGCACUUCACACGGUUCAUUGAAAAGCCCCUGUCAAACAUGUACCUCCUCCAAUGUUGGGGAACAUGCAGCAUCGCCGAGUCACAAGUUAUCUGAGCCUAUGUCAUUAAAGCAUAGAGAGUUACAACUAGACAUCUCUGAUGUGGCUAAGUCCAACAGCUCAAGAUCUUCCUUGCACACUGCAGCAAAUACAGACGUUGUCACUGAACCUGGCACCCAAGAAGCAGUGGAUGACAAGUUUACUGAUGAUUAUAUACCACUACAGCUGGAGGAUGAUACUUCAGAUGGUGUUGAUACUCUAUUUGAUUUGCUUGGAGAUGAGAGCCACUCUUCAGAAUCUAAAGGCAGUAGUGACUCUGAAGAGAACACAGCUUUCCACCAACCAUGUGUCAGGAAGAAAGAUGAUUGCCAUCAACCCCCGGCAGAUUCAAAGCUUCGCGCUGACAUUGAAGGGCGAAAAAGCGUGUUUGCUCGGUUAUUGGGAAGACCUGAAUCUUUUGUUCAAAGACAGAAGUUCAAGACCAAACCAUUCCCAUCAAAGAAUGCUAAGUCUUUCAGUUCCCCUAAUCAGAGGAGAAAACGGCGGAGGGCACAGCAGAGCAAGUCCUUUCCAUGUGAUAAUCGUGCAACGUUGGGUAUGCCUUCAGCUCAUAAGAUGAUAAAAGGUCCAGCAUUGGACUAUUCAUUUGUCUGGGACGAUGACAGAAGAUCCAACAAGUUCUCUGGUGGAAAACCAAGCAACAUUCAGAGAGUCCUGUGGGAUGUAUCUACUAAAGAACCUGAUCGAUAUGGUGCAUGCAAAAGGCUGUUUGUUCCUGAAGGUAGUAAAAAUUUGAUCGGGUCCUCUAACAGAGUGUCAAAUAAACCACCAAUGUUUGCUGAAGUACAUGAGAGCCGCAAAGUCACUGUUGAAGAAAAAACCAGGACCCCUGUCUUGGAUUUUAAGCGGCAUGCUAAGGAUCCAAAUAUUGAAGGAGGAGAUCCAGAUUAUUUGGCCGAUGUUGAGGAAGCAGCAACGAAGAAGACACGGUUAGCAAGUGCAUCUUACCAUGGAGAGGAGGAUGAAAGUGAAACUGCAUUGGUUUCAAAAGACACCAGACCUAUGGACAUGCUGACAGUAUCAGAUGAGAACUGCAAACUCAAUAGCAUCAGUUUGUUAUCUAAUGACACAUGUACUCAGAUGGCUGGAGCUUAUCUCGAAACCGAAGUGCAACUGAAAGAUGAACAGCAAAGGAUCCAAGGCUGCCGUGAAGAUGUUACAGGUGAUACUGAGAACAUGCCGAUAGUAUCAGAUGAGAACUGUAAACUCAAUAGCAUCAGUUUGUCAUCUAAUGAUACCUGUACUCAGAUGGCUGGAGGUUAUCGCGAAACCGAAAUGCAACUGCAAGAUGAACAGCAAAGGAUCGAAGGCUGCUGUGAAGAUGUCAUAGGUGAAAAAUCAUUGCUCGGAGAUUCUGGAAAUGCACAGCUGUUUCGCAAGCUCAGUUUUGGUGACAUGCAGACCAUUGUUGAAACUGGCAGUGAGGUGGGUUUUGGCGAUGUGGACACUGAAACAUCUCUCCAAGAGAAACAAAAGCAAAGUGCUAGGAGCUGCUCUGGAGUGGUUGAUACAGAUACAAGGUUGAUCAUCGAAAAUCCUGAAACCAUGGAAUCCUUGCCCAACCAUGAUCAGGAUGGAACUUUUGAAAUGGUGGCAACUGAUCACCAGGACACCAGUACCCUCCCUCAGUGCAAAGAUGGUGAAGCUACAAACCAACUGACAGGCUCUGAAGAUGAUAAAGAUAGUACCAUCAACUUGUCGCCGAACAGAUGUCGAAGCACUUCACCUCCUCGUGAUCUUGAGUUGAGCAAAGAAGAGGAGAUGCGACACCAAAGUUACCGAACAAAACAUGGAGCAGCCCAUGAAAUCUCAGACUCCACGGACUCAUUUGCGAUCUGCGCCGAGGGUUACGGAAGCCAGAUUGGGAUGUCAACUGACAGCACCUCUGUUCAUCUGAUCAUCAACGAACUUGGAACAAACUCAGAGUCCAGGACAAGUUUCUUCGACAGCUCCUGUGACAAAGAAUCAAAUAAACACCCGCUGUUUGCUGAAGUACAUGAGAUCUGCAAAGUCAGUGUUGAAGAAGAAACCAGGACCCCUUUCUUGGACUUUACACGGUGUGCCAAGGAUCCAAAUGUUGAAGGAGGAGAUCCUACUGCCGAUGUUCAGGAAGCAGCAACGAAGAAGAUGCGGUUAGUAAGUGCAUCUUACCAUGGAGAGGAGUAUGAAAGUGAAACUUCAUUGGUUCCAAAAGACACCAAACCUAUGGACAUGCUGACAGUAUCUGAUGAGAACUGUAAACUCAAGAGCAUCAGUCUGUCAUCUAAUGACACCAGUGCUCAGAUGGCUGGAGCUUAUCUUGAAACCGAAGUGCAACUGCACGAUGAACAGAAAAGGAUCCAAAGCUGCAGUGAAGAUGUUACCGGUGAUACAGAGAACAUUCUGACAGUAUCAGAUGAGAACUGUAAACACAAGAGCAUCAGUUUGUCAUCUAAUGACACAUGUACUCAGAUGGCCAGAGCUUAUCUUGAAACCAAAGUGCAGCUGCAAGAUGAACAGCAAAUGAUCCAAAGCUACCGUGAAGAUGUUCCUGGUGACACUGAGAACAUGCUGACAGUAUCAGAUGAGAACUGUAAACUCAAUAGCAUCAGUUUGUCAUCUCAUGACACCUGUACUCAAAUGGCUGGAGCUUAUCUCGAAACCGAAGUGCAACUGCAAGAUGAACAGCAAAGGAUCCAAGGCAGCUGUGAAGAUGUCACAGGUGAUAAAUCAUCGGUUCUUGGAGAUUCUGGAGAUGCACACCUGUUUCGCAGGCUCAAUUUCGGUGACAUGGAGACCAUUGUUGAAACUGGCAGUGAGGUGGGUUUUGGCCAUGUGGACACUGAAACAUCCCUCCGAGAGAAACAAAACCAAAGUUCUAGGAGCUGCUAUGGAGUGGUUGAUGCAGAUACAACGUUGAUCCUCGAAAAUCCUGAAACCAUGGAAUCCUUGCCCAGCCAUGAUGAGGAUGGAACUUUGGAAAUGGUGGCUACUGAUCAUCAGGACACCGGCACCCUCCCUCAGGGCAAAGAUGGUGAAGCUACGGACCCAUUGACAGGCUCUGAAGAUGAUGAAAAUACUACUUCCAACGCCCUGUCCCCGAACAGACGUCGAAGCAGUUCACCUCCUGGUGAUGUUGAGUUGAGCAAAGCAGAGGAGAUGCGAUACCAAAGUUACCAAGCCAAACAUAUAGCAGCUGCCCAUGAAAUGUCAGACUCGACGGACUCAUUUGUGGUCUGCGCCGAGGGUUACGGAAGCAAGAUUGGUAUGUCAACUAACAGCACCUCUGUUCAUCUGGUCAUCAACGAACUUGGAACAAACUCGGAGUCCAGGACAAGUUUCUUCGACAUCUCUUGUGACAGAGAAUCAAAUAAACCCCUCUUUGCUGAAGUACAUGAGAGCUGCAAAGUCACUGUUAAAGAACAAAUCAGUACCCCUUUCUUGGACUUUAAGCGGCGUGCUAAGGAUCCAAAUGUUGAAGGAGGAGCGGAUUAUACUGCCGAUGUUCAAGAAGCAGCAAGGAAGAAGACGCGGUUAGCAAGUGCAUCUUACCAUGGAGAGGAGUAUGAAAGUGAAACUGCAUUGGUUCCAAACGACACCAAACCUAUGGACAUGCUGACAGUAUCAGAUGAGAACUGUAAAUUCAAGAGCGUCAGUUUGUCAUCUAAUGACAGAUGUACUCAGCUGGCUGGAGCUUAUCUUGAAACCAAAGUGCAGCUGCAAGAUGAACAGCAAAGGAUCCAAGGCUGCUGUGAAGAUGUUGCUGGCAAUACCGAGAACAUGCUGAAAGUAUCAGAUGAGAACUGUAAACUCAAUAGCAUCUGUUUGAUAUCUAAUGACACAUGUACUGUGAUGCCUGGAGCUUAUCUCGAAACUGAAGUGCAACCGCAAGAUGAACAGCAAAGGAUCCAUGGCUGCUGCGAAGAUGUCACAGGUGAUAAAUCAUCGAUUCUCGGGGAUUCUGGAAAUGCAAACCUGUUUCGCAGGCUCAGUUUCGGUGGCAUGCAGACCAUUGUUGAAACUGGCAGAGAGGUGGGUAUCGGCCAUGUGGACACUGAAACAACCGUCCAAGAGAAGCAAAACCAAAGUGCUAGGAGCUUCCCUGGAGGGGUCAAUGCAGAUAAAAUGUUGAUCGUCGAAAACCCUGAUACCAUGGAAUCAUCGUCCAACCAUGAUGAGGAUGGAACUUUGGAAAUGGUGGCCACUGAUCAUCAGGACACAAGUAGCCUCAUGAUCCUUGGAAUCCGUCAGGGCAAAGAUGGUGAAGCUGCAAACCCACUGACAGGCUCUGAAGAUGAUGAUGAAGGUGCUACCAGCAACACCACUUCGCCAGACAGACGUCGAAGCUCUUCACCUGCUCAUGAUGUUGAGUUGAGCAAAGCAGAGGAGACGCGAUGCCAAAGUCAACAAACCAAAAAUGUGGCAGCUGCUCAUGAAAUGCCGGACUCCACGGACUCAUUUGCGGUCCGCGCUGAUGGCAACGACAGAAGCAAGAUUGCGGCAUCAACUGACAGCACCUCUGUUCAUGUGGUCGUCAACGACCUCCUUGGCACAAACUCGGAGUCCAGGACGGGCUUCUUCGACGGCUCCUCGAGCGAGCCUGCCGAGAUGAUCAUACUCUCGCAUGACCCCGGCGUGGACAUGGAACCUCACUGA